GCAACAUGGGUCGUAUGCACGCACCUGGAAAGGGUCUUUCUUCAUCAGCACUUCCAUACAGAAGAAGUGUUCCAACAUGGUUAAAGCUUAGUUCCGAGGAUGUAAAAGAACAAAUCUACAAACUCGCAAAGAAGGGACUUCGACCUUCCCAGAUCGGAGUUAUUCUUAGAGAUUCUCAUGGUGUUGCUCAGGUACGAUUUGUCACUGGCAACCAGAUCUUGAGAGUUCUCAAAGCAAAGGGACUUGCCCCAGAUCUUCCUGAAGAUAUUUACCAUCUUAUUAAGAAGGCUGUUGCCAUGCGCAAACAUUUGGAGAGAAACAGAAAAGACACUGACUCCAAAUUCCGUCUUAUUCUCGUCGAAAGUCGUAUUCACCGUCUUGGGCGUUACUACAAGACCAAAGGUGUUCUACCACCUAACUGGAAAUACGAGAGUGCCACCGCUUCUGCUCUUGUAGCGUAAACUGAUAUUAAAUCUUGACAC